AUUCCAGGAACUGAGUUGUUUUCAUACAGGCAAAAUAGGGCAAGGGGGUUUGGAGAUUAAACACACGGCAGACCUUGCCCAGUGGAAGAAUUGAAACUGGACCUUUCUCGCUUGGAUUUUUUUUUGUUCUCUUCAAAACUUCGCUUUUUUUUUGCCCCCUGAACCCGUUCCUUUCUAAGUGAACUGAACGAGGGUGGAGGAAUAAAGGAAGAAGUGUAAACAUCUAAACGUAUCAGAUAUUGAACUUGAGAAAAGCCCAAAGAGGGAAAGGAAGUCCAGACGGGGAAGUACAGCAUUCCACAGGUAGAUAAAAAUGGCUCCUGUUCUGACCAAGUUCCGCGCAUGAUGAGCAGCAGCAGAGCGAGUAAAGCACUGAAGAUUAAGAGGGAGUCAGGUGAGAACACCCCGGUGCUAAUGGACCAGGAGCUGGUCUCGAUGUCCGUGAGGGAGCUGAACCACCACCUGCGCGGCCUCUCCAAGGACGAGAUCUUGAACCUGAAGCAGCGGCGGCGGACCCUGAAGAACCGCGGCUACGCGGCCAGCUGCCGGGUGAAGCGGGUGACGCAGAAGGAGGAGCUAGAGCGCCAGAAGGCCGAGCUGGAGCAGGAGGUGGAGAAGCUGGCCGCUGAGAACGCUGGCAUGAAGACUGAGCUCGACGCCCUGCGCUCCAAGUACGAGGCGCUGCAGAGUUUUGCCAGGACAGUGGCCUGUGGGCCCAUUACCCCCACCAAGGUCAACACCACCAGCGUCAUCACCAUUGUGAAAUCGUCCAACUUCUCCUCACGCUAGCCUUCAGGCUGGUGCCAUCUUGCUUUUGUUUAUGCAGAAGG